GGCGCGCAGGGCACUAUGGGACACUGCGGAAAUCGUAGGGCGGGACGGAAGCCUCGGAAGGCCAGAUCGCAGCGACGCGGGAAGUCCGGACGCGGUAGCUGUCUGAAGAGGAGGCUUGAGUGGAGGCUGGGCCCGGGCGACGGCAAUGGCGGAGAGGCCCGAGGACCUAAACCUGCCCAACGCCGUCAUCACCAGGAUCAUCAAGGAGGCGCUCCCGGACGGGGUCAACAUCUCCAAGGAGGCCCGGAGCGCCAUCUCCCGCGCCGCCAGCGUCUUCGUGCUGUACGCCACGUCCUGUGCCAACAAUUUUGCAAUGAAAGGGAAGCGCAAGACUUUGAAUGCCAGUGAUGUGCUCUCCGCCAUGGAAGAGAUGGAGUUCCAGCGGUUCGUUACCCCGUUAAAAGAAGCUCUGGAAGCAUAUAGGCGGGAGCAGAAGGGCAAGAAGGAAGCUUCAGAACAAAAGAAGAAGGACAAAGACAAAAAAACAGAUUCAGAAGAGCAAGACAAGAGCAGGGAUGAGGACAACGAUGAAGAUGAGGAAAGGAUGGAAGAAGAAGAACAAAAUGAAGAAGAGGAAGUGGACAACUGAAUAGGGUGGGCGACUGUGGCACCUUGGAAGGUACCAUUCUGAGACUUGCUACAUGUUUCUCUGAAGGUUUUCCCUGCGGGGCAGAGUAGUCUUAGGCAGAAGUGCCUGAGAAGAUGAAAAUAAAAAAUGACUAGAAUUGUCACCAAAACCAGCACUUCCCAAACUCAAAGCAUCUGAGUAGCAGAAUCCUUUUUUAUUCAGUCUGAAGGUUAUGACUUUGGCAAGAGAGAUUCUGAAUGGCAAAUUAAAUUAGUUGAAUCACUCUUGUUUGCUUAUAUGUAUGGUUAGGUCAUUUUUGAUCCCUAGUCCCCCUGCUCCUCUCAAAAAGUAAUAACUUCCAUGCUGCCUGCUGUAUUCCAGAUCACAGAGGCAGCAAAGGCUCAGGAAAAUUGGGGCUUUGAUCACGGUCAGCCUAUAUUUGAUUGUACAGUGUUUGGCAAUAGUAGCUUAUUAAGAGUAUUCGGAACAGUAAAGCUUCAGGAGACUACUAAAAAGCUGUGGGAAAAUAAUGAAAUCUAUUCUGUUGUCUCUUUACUUGAUAGUAGCAUUAAUUGAAUUUUAUUUUCUAGAGACCCACUUGGCUUAUACCCUUUUAUGUUGCCUAUAGACAUUUAACGUGCUAGAGUAAUUACACUCUGGAUACAUAGGCUCCUGAAUCAGCAGUGUAGACUAGAAUUAGUCGAGCAAGGGUGCUAAUGUCUUACUGUUACAAAAAAGAUGGUUUAGUCUUAGGUGUACCUCACUGCCUGCUAAGUACAAUUUAUUCGCGCCUCCUGGAAGGUAUAAAAUGCCAGGCUUUUCUUAUAUUCCAUCUCUCAGAUUUGUGUGUGUGGCUUUUCAUUUUUCAAUUUAUGAUGAAUUCCAAACUUUAUUUCCUCUAGGCACAACUUUUUCCACUCUGUGCUUCUUGCUUCCUGUCUCUCUUCUGCCUCUGUGUUCCCCGUCCCCACUUUCUUUCCUUUUUCACAUCUUCUGUCAGUAUAGGAAUUUGGACCUGCUUAAUGUUUCAGAGUCCAAGUUCCUCCGAUUCCUUUAAUGUUUUAAAAAUGAUUUUAUGAAAACCCUCUAAAUUACUUAAGGGAAAUCUGAUGGUGCUCAGGAAUCUAUUCCCCACCCACUGCACCCCCAAUCCAAACCCUUUAACUGCUUCUAAAGCAUCUCUGUUGGCCUUCCUUAGCCUUUUUCUUUACAUUCAGUACUCCAAGCACUUUUUGUUUGUCUCUUAAGUUUGAGUGGUUGGGGUUUGACAGGUAGUGAAGUGUAGUUUGACACUGUUAACUUGUUAAAUAAAUACAAUGAAAAGAUUUUUGAUGAAUGAGUGAAAAUUUUUGAGAAGAUUAAUAAUGCUUUGUGCAAAUAAAGGACAUUUUUGUUAAAAGUGA